CACAUGAAAGCUAAUACACUUCUACUCCUCCUCGCACUACCACCAUUACUGAGUAGUGAUAAAUACUCCAGCUAAGUGCUGCUCCUCCUCUCUCUCCCUCUCUCUCUCUCUCUCUCUCGCUUUUACACUCUUACUUCAGCUUGUAUCAGACCUGGUAGAAAAAAGGGAGUAAAGGGUUAAAGAGUCUUUGGAGAACAAGAGAGAGCAAAAAAGAUGGUGAGAGAAUCAUCGUCUGGCGGAGGGGGAGGAGGCGGCGGAGGUGGUGGUGGUGGAGAUAUGGUAAUGAAGCCUGCAUGGCUGGACGGUCUAAUGGCCGAGACAUUCUUUGCUGGUUGUGGGGUCCACGAGAAUCGUAGGAAGAACGAGAAGAACGUUUUUUGCUUGGAGUGUUGUCAAAGCAUCUGCCCUCACUGUCUUCCUUCUCAUCGCUCUCAUCCUCUCCUCCAGGUGAGGAGAUAUGUGUACCAUGAUGUGGUCAGAUUGGAUGACCUUGAGAAGCUCAUUAACUGUUCUUAUAUUCAGCCUUAUACUAUAAACAGUGCCAAAGUUAUAUUCUUGAACCAGAGGCCACAGUCCAGGUCUUGUAAAGGCUCUGCCAAUAUUUGCUUCACUUGUGACAGGAUUCUCCAGGAGCCAUUCCGCUUCUGUUCCAUUUCAUGCAAGGUUGAUUAUAUGGUGUACCAAGGGGAAGAUUUGUCGAGCAUUAUAUACAGGUUUGACGAAUCCGAUUUCGCCUACUCCCAAUUCGAAGGCCUACGAAUGGAGGACGAGGAGGGCCAAAUUACCCCGAACUCCAUCCUGGAGGACCCGUUACAGUUCAAGGCCUCGUCCUGCUCCUCCAACGAGACCUCGGGCAAUUCAGGAAUUUCACGAGAUCCCGAGGCGGUGGUGAGGAAGAAGAAGAAAUCAACCGGUUUUCUCCCCGGCAAUUUUCUCUCCUUGAGCAGCAGAAGGAAGGGUGCUCCUCAUAGGUCUCCUCUUUCUUAGACCAUAAUUCACCAAAAAAAAAAAAAAAAAAUUAACUAGAGGUUGUUAUUUAUAUAUUAAGAUUGGUGGUGGCUUAAAUUAAUCUUAGCUUAAUGUGACGGCGGAGCGAGUAGUAUUUUGUUUCUUGAAAUGGCAUUUCCGUUACUGACCGCCGGCGGUGCAGAGAGACUGUAUUUGAAGGCUAAUUAGUCUCUCUGAAUCUGCCAAUUUUGUUUGUAUGUAAUGGAACUUGCACGUAUAUAUAAUAUAAUAUAUAGUAGGUGUUAUUUUUAAUUUA